GUGCCCCUUCUGUUCUGCUGGUCAAUCGACAAGAUUUUUCCACCAUCCAUGGCUUCCCUACAAAGUCAUAUCCCCAUCACUCUCCCACCGAUCCUCACAUCAUCGCUGCUCAAUUUCAAGGCCGAGAUGCCACAGCAUUUCAAGCUUCCCCACUUGAAUUCUCCACUUCAGGGGACCCUCGGAUGUCUGGCCCCUAUCAAGACACAACCUUUCGCGCCAUCCCAAGAGGUACUGCCGCACAUGUCUACAGCCGAGAAGACUGUCGACAUCACGACAUCGAAUGGAGGGAGCAACAACGAUGAUAUCAUUACUCUCUUCCCAAGGAGGAAGGCAGGGCAAUCUCGCCCAGGGGGAGGCAGGGGUCCGGUUGUUCUCACCCUUGAUCUGCUUGAGAAGUUCUACGGCAUGCCCCUGCAUGUCGCUGCCAAACGGCUGGGAAUCUGUCAGACAGCGAUCAAGAAAGUCUGUCGAAAGUUGGGGAUCAUGAAAUGGCCGUACAAGGAGAUGCGGACGCCGAUGCCAGUGAUGAGCACUUCGACUUUUGAGGCAGCAGAGAGCAGCGAUCAUGGCAGUGAUGGUACAACUGAGAUGAGCUACUCCGGUCAUACAUCAUCUUCAAAUGAGGGAAGCGCAAGCCCUGCCAGUGGAGAUACGGAAUUGAAGGAUGCGGUGUCUGCGCUCCUGAGCUUACAUUCCAAUUAGUGAAGCACGGUGAAAACCUGCGUCUGCAAAGGCCAGGUUUGUGACAUUUGGAUCAGCUGGCAACGAUGUAAAUAAGAAAGGGCAUACGGCUCACUCUCCCAUUGUUUAUUUUUAGUGUGUUUAUAUUCUCCCUGGAGCGCCGCGGCAGCGGCAAGGAAUUCAAUCGCAGCCCGGGGCAACUUGUGCGACAGUUUAUGACUUUCCAUCUAUUUUGUCAUAUAAUACAGCAUUUAAUCAUU